GCUGGCAAUUUACCGCCCCGACCGUCGAUACUAACUACAAGAACAUCCCACAUAUACCCUCACAGAAAUCCGCAAUUCCCGAAAACGCCCUCACACCCAAUUGAGAUCCCAUUCAACUGUGCAGCCUACAACUUCACACGGACCUGCCCUUCCAACUACCCAACGACUUUCCAUCCAGAAGAAGAUCCUGACCGUCCACCACCCGACACGUGUCCAGAAUACUUCCGUUGGAUCUAUGAAGAUCUUCGUCCCUGGGCCUACACAGGGAUCACGAGGGACAUGGUGGGGAGGGCCAAACGGACGGCCAACUUUAGAUUGGUGAUAGUGAAGGGCAGGGCUUACGUGGAGAAAUAUCAGAGGGCGUUUCAGACAAGAGAUGUUUUUACGUUGUGGGGAAUCCUACAGUUACUACGGAGGUACCCGGGUCAAGUGCCUGACUUGGAGCUGAUGUUUGAUUGCGUUGAUUGGCCAGUCAUAAAGACAAGGGACUAUCGACGAUCCAACGCCUCGGACCCACCACCGCUGUUUCGGUACUGUAGUGAUGAUGACUCACUGGAUAUUGUUUUCCCUGAUUGGUCUUUCUGGGGAUGGGCUGAGAUCAAUAUAAAGCCAUGGGAAUCUUUGUUGAGAGACCUAAAAGAAGGAAACAAGAGGAUAAGAUGGAUGGAUAGGGAACCUUAUGCUUACUGGAAGGGCAAUCCGACGGUUGCUGUAACAAGACAAGAGCUCCUCAAAUGUAAUGUCUCAGAAAAUCAGGAUUGGAACGCUCGUGUAUAUGCUCAGGAUUGGAUGCGGGAAUCACAGGAAGGGUACAAGCAGUCAGACUUGGCUAGCCAAUGCAAUCAUAGGUAUAAGAUCUAUAUUGAAGGCUCUGCCUGGUCUGUCAGUGAAAAAUACAUUCUUGCUUGUGAUUCUGUUUCCUUUCUGGUAAAGCCCCACUACUAUGAUUUCUUCACGAGAAGUUUGAAGCCAGUGCACCACUACUGGCCUAUUAGGGAUGACGACAAGUGCAGAUCUAUUAAGUUUGCUGUAGAUUGGGGCAAUGGCCACAAGAAAAAGGCACAAGAAAUUGGGAAAGCAGCAAGCGAAUUCAUUCAAGAGGAGUUGAAGAUGGAUUAUGUGUAUGAUUACAUGUUUCAUCUUUUAAAUCAGUAUGCUAAGCUCUUAACAUUUAAGCCCAUUAGACCCAGACAUGCUGUUGAACUCUGUUCAGAGACGAUGGCUUGCCCAGCAGAAGGAUUGCAGAAGAAAUUUUUUAAGGAAUCCAUGGUAAAAGGUCCCAAGUACACGAGCCCAUGCACUAUGCCUCCACCAUUUGAUCCUCCAUCUCUUCAUGCCUUUCUUAAGACAAAGGAAAAUACAAUAAAACAAGUGGAAUUAUGGGAGAAAAAGUUUUGGGAAAAUCAAAAUAAGCAGGCUUAGAAGGUUUCUUUUCAAAUUUGAAGUCUACAUGUAAAUGUAUAUUUCGUAUUCAGUUACUGCUCAAUUAGUUUUUUCAUAUAUGUCCCAUUUUAUAUGCUAUCAACACAGAAUAAAUAAAUCAUUAUUUGAGUAGUUAA